AUGGAGGAUCAAAAGCUGAUAAAUUUUAAGUUUGAGAUAGAUAACUUGUUGGAGAAGGAAUCUGAGAUAUCAUCACCAAUAUUCUUGAGAGGCGGCUGCGAAUGGUUUGCUAAGGUGUGUCCCAAAGGACAUGAUGUUGAAGAUCACUUGUCGCUGUACAUUUGCGUUGCGAAUACUAAAUCAUUACGACUUGGAUGGAAAAGACGAGCCAGUUGUUCCCUCGUUCUGUUGAACCAAUCAGGCAAAGAGCUCUACAGAACAGUUGAAUUUUGCCAAUUGUUCUGCGCUCAGUUCCCAGCAUGGGGUUUCACCGUGUCUCUUAAAAUGCUUAAAGAAAAAGGUUAUGUGGAGAAGAGAAAACUAAAUUUAAAAGUGGAAGUGAAAGUAGUUGAAGUUGUUGAUGAAUCAGAAGUAACUCGGAACGAGACUAACGAGACUUUGAUGUCAAAGGUUUUCAAAGUUGUUUCAGUGACUAUGCUUUUCGCGAGGCACCCGGACAUUGCAGCAAAUUUCAAACCAAAGAACCAAUUGCUCGAUAAUAUUUCCUUGGAGACGAAGAAAGGAAAUUCUGAUGGAUUACGAGUCGAGAAACACAUCAGGACUCUUGCGCUGAAGAAGGAGAAAGCCAAGUCUUCUACUUCUGCUGCUAAAGACUACCUCGAGGGUGUUGUUCGCUCUUGGAAACUAAGACUGGGAUUUGCUGAUCUUGGUGGAAAGAUCGAACCCAUAAACGUAUGGGGAUGUGCCUUGUGGCACAAGUCUUUAAUAUUCACAUCAGAACAUAGAUUAGAAGUUAUUCGAACUCUGUGUGGCGGCAAUCAUAGUACAAAAAGUGGCACUUAUGGGAUCAUUACAACCGCUCGGUUUUUGUCCACCAGAAUGAACCAAGACCGCUUGUCGAGAGACAAGCUUGCCCCUAGUUCCCUUUGCCAUAAGGAGUAUGGACCUGUCUGUAGUCACUUGGGACUCUUGGUUAAGCAAACCGUAUAG